AUGUUGACACCAGAUCUAGACAUCACCACAGAUCGAAAUCGAUGCAAUUGUUGUUUGGAGAAACCCACUGGGGUUGCGUUGAGGAUAUGUGAGUUCUUAUUGCUUGCUGCUUUUCUUGUUGCUGAGACGCGUCUGCUUAUGAAUUUACAGACAUUUGAAGGAGAGAUCAACAUGAAGUGCUUGUUUAUUCAUAAUUGCAUCUUCUUCAAGAGAAAUGAAAAUCUUAAGAGAGACCAUCAGAAAGUGUUUAUCACAUAA